GAGGGUGUCUGUUUCCACCACUCGUCUCACUGGUCACACUGGGUUCUGUAUCACCAUGCUCCACUUGGGCACCCCACUCUUGCUGGCAUCAAUCUUGGUGCUUGUGGAUUCAGGUGUCUCCGCAUUCACAGUCACCACCUGUGAAGGCAACUAUGUCCAUCGCCUCAGCUGUGAGACUGGAGUGAUUGGAGUGCAGUCAGCACUGUAUGGACGUGCAGACAGUGUGACCUGCAGUGAGGGACAAUAUCCACAUAAGACUUCAAACAAUCAUUGCUCUCUGUUGGGAGCUGCAGAGACGGUCAAGAGAAGGUGUGACGGGAAAACUGUGUGUGAACUGAACCUGGUCGAAGUCAGUAACAGUGGGUCUGAUCCAUGCAGAGGCACCUAUAAAUACCUGCAGACCAAGUACAGAUGCCUUCCAUCAAUUAAACUCGUGACAUGUGAGAACUCGUUGGCACAUCUGCAGUGUGGUGAAAGGUUGGUUAUAUCAGUCCAAAGGGCAGAAUAUGGACGUGGUGACCAAACCACAUGCUCCUACCAACGCAUGGAGGGUAAGGUGUCAGAUGUGUACUGCUCACACAUCUCUACCAAAGUUGCUGACAGCUGCAAUGGGAAGAACAGCUGUGUGAUUAAAGCCAGCAACUCAUUCUUUGGAGACCCCUGUCUGGGUACUUACAAGUACCUGGAAGUGGCUUACGUGUGUGAAUAUCCUGUGAGCGGUUCAUACACAUUUAGAGACAUAAGUGAGGAAGAAUAAUAUAAUGUUUAAAAUAAAGCACAUUUAAUUAGAA